UGUCCCUCUUUUUUUUUUUUUUUAUUGUUCCAGAGUUGAAUCUUCUGAGCAGCUAACCAGUCACCAACGCCAAAAGUCAAGAGUGUUUGCAACAAAAGACACAGAGGAGAGGAGAGGAGAGGAGCUUCAGAUUCCUUGGAUCAAAACCUCUCCAUCCAUCCCAUGAAUCUUAACUAACUGAACAACAACGAUAAAAAAUCCAUUACCACAACUGCCAACGCUGCUGCUCCUCCUCCUCAAGUUGUCAGAUAAUCAAAAUGGGAUUCCAGGAAUGAUAAAAUUCUGAUCAUCAAACCGAGGAUAUGUCUCAAUCUGACAUCUCGUACAGGCGUAAAACAAGGCAAUCUGCAAGAAUUAAGCUUCUGUUUGAGCUGCAAAGCUGUGGCUCUUGUGGAUACCCCUUGAAUUUAACAUCUUCCAAUCGAAUCACCUCCAACAUAGGUUCUGGAUAUCAGAAAUCUAUAAAGAAAGGUUAUAUCUCCUUCCUUUCUGUUGAUCUUAGUCGAUUCACACAGGUUGAUGAGGUAAACUGUCUUCCUGUGUCUUGGGGUCGUUAUCAUUCAAAAAGUAAACUUCUUUGUCGUAAAUGUGGGGUUCACGUAGGCUAUGGAUAUGGAGAUUCGCCCGCUCUAUGUGGUUUUGACUCUCCCAACUCAUCAAGCUCAGCUUAUAAAAAAUUUACCAUAAAGAUCCGAGCUCUACAGCCUUCAGAAGAGUGCUAACAAAGUCAUCAUGGAAGAACCUUUUAGCUGUCUUCUUACCCCCAUCAUGCACCUGCCCGAUGAUUGCCUGUCUAUUGUUUUUCAGUUGCUUGGCUGUAGUUCUGAUCGUGAAUCAUUUGGUUUGACUUGUCAUUACUGAUUUAAUAUUUUGUUCUGAUCGUGAAUCAUUUGGUUUGACUUGUCAUUACUGGUUUAAUAUUCAAAAUACACACCGUAGGUCCUUACAAUUUCAUUGUUCGUUGGCCUUCUUCCCCAAUGUUUUCUUCUUUAUCUCAGAGUAGGCUUGUUACUAGCUCCUUCCAACUUCACUGGCUGCAAACCCGCUUUAGCAUUUACAGUAUUUGCCCCCAUCUGGUUGCUCUGAGAUGCCUGAUUCAUGCCUAAGCUAUUUGCAAUCCUAUGCUUUGAAGUUUCUUUUUCUUAACCUGGACUGCCGUUUUGGAAUCACUGACAAUGGACUUUCACUGGUUGCCGCUAGUUGCUCCUCCCUAGAGGUUAUUAGUCUACAUCAAUCCUAAAUUACCGAUGCUUGGUUACAACUUUAGCUAAUGGUUGUUCAGCCUUGAAGCACGUCAAUCUCUCUUACUGCUCACUUGUUUCUGACUCUGGGAGAACCCGUAUUCAAUCUUGCUGUCAGCUGGAGGCAGUUAACGUAUCUCAUUGCAGCGGAGUAAAUGGUUCUGGGCUUGGAGGGUUUUUGCCAACUUCAACUCAUAUAGAUGCUGAUUCUUUUAAGCUUGAACCAGAAGGCAUUAUCGGGAUUGUAAGUGGAGGUGGAGGUGGAGUUGAGUAUUUGAAUGUUUCUUGUAUGAAAUGGUGUGUAAGUGGAGACGCAGUGCAGCAAUAGGUGCAGGUUUUGCCACUUGGCUUAAAAUUCUUAACAUUUGGCUGUGCAGGACUGAUGGAGAUGAAGUCUAUUGCGGCAAUAGCAAAGGGAUGCCCGUUGCUUGAAGAAUGAAAUUUGGCUGCGUCAUGCGGUCAGGAUUGCAGGACUGCAAUAUAUUGGGAUCUUCUCCAAUAAAUUGGAGAACCUUCAUUAAAAGAAAAGCUAAAGACUAGGUGGAAAUUAUUCUUCAACCACACCCGUACUGUGAAUUACAAUACUGUUUUUUUUACUUUUUCAUUUUCUUUUUUUUUUAUUGUUUUUUUUUUUAAAUUUUUUUUUGUCUAUUUUUUUAAUAUUGAUGUAAUUAAAAAUUAAAUUUUAUAAUUUAUUUCUUUUCAUUUUGCUUUUUUACAUGGUUAAAAUGGUUUAUUUA